AUGCGAAUUUUCCGCCGUUGCUUCUCUACCUCCGCCAGCGUCAAUUUAUAUCCACAAAGGAUUGAGAGUCCCAGGCAACGGGCAAGGAGAAUGGCUGCACUUCUAGAUACAUAUCCGGACCCCGUCCACAUCGGCGUCAUCGGCGGGACCGGCUUGCGCGAGCUCCCAGGGUUCACCCAGGUAGCCAGCCUCACCAUAACAACGCCAUGGGGCUCACCUUCAUCUCCUAUCACUGUCCUCCAUCACACCUGUUCUACAACGGGUAAAACUAUCCCAAUCGCAUUUCUCAGUCGACACGGCCUCCAUCAUCAAUUUGCACCACAUGAAGUACCCAGCCGGGCGAAUAUUGCCGCCCUCAGGUCCAUCGGCGUUAGAAGUAUCAUUGCCUUUUCUGCCGUGGGCAGUCUGCAAGAGGCGAUAAAACCCAGGGAUUUUGUCAUUCCUGAUCAAGUAAUUGAUCGAACAAAGGGAGUCAGGCCGUGGACCUUCUUCGAAGGAGGAGCCGUGUCGCAUGUAGGCUUCGCCGACCCAUUCGACGAGGGCCUCGCGAAGAUCGUGAGGGCCUGUGGGCAUAGUUUGGAGGGCGAAGGUGUGGUGCUCCACGAUCGUGGAACGUUGAUUUGCAUGGAGGGACCGCAAUUCAGCACCCGUGCAGAGAGCAAUCUGUACCGCACCUGGGGUGGCAGUGUGAUCAACAUGUCCUGCCUCCCUGAAGCAAAGCUUGCUCGCGAAGCCGAGAUCGCCUACCAGAUGAUUUGCAUGUCAACUGACUAUGAUUGCUGGCAUUCCUGCGAAGAAGACGUGACGGUGGAGAUGGUAAUGGGUAACAUGAAUUCAAAUGCCGUCAACGCUCGACGGUUCAUCGGCGCUGUUCUCGACGAGUUGACGAAAGAUCAGCACCAUGAUCUUGCUUGGGGAAAGCACCUCGAAGGAACAGUCAAAAUGGGCUUGAGUACCGUGCCGAGUCAGAUGGACGCCGAAGCGGUAACAAAAUUAUCCUGGCUCUUCCCUGGAUACUUCAAAAAUUGA